AUGCGAUCUUCCAGCAUCAUCAUCGUGCCCGCUUAUGGGUUAGCCAAGCCCAUUGAAUGGGGUUGGCUUAAGUGUCUUUGUGAUGACCUCCUGCCCGACGUGGCUAUUUUUGAGCAUCAAUAUGAUCCCAGCGAUGGCAACUCUGUGUCCCCCCAGUAUCUCUAUAAAGAAGGACGCGUGUUUCUGGACUCCAUGUUUGAUCACUACGAGAGAAAGAUGCGACCUGUGGUCCUCAUUUGCCAUGGAACAGGAGGAUUUGUCGUGAAACGGGCGCUCCAUAUUUGUCAUAAGGAACGAUCAACAUAUCCUCACAUGAUGGAUGCUCUUUCCGGGAUCGUCUUUUUGGGCGCUCCACAUUUUAGCACAGAAACGAAAGAAGAAGAUGUGAGGAAAGUCUUCAAUUUUCUCUUUACGUCGAAUGACAAAGGUGCCGCGAAAAUGGGCUCCGAGGGAGAUGAAAUCAAAAUCCUAGGAUUCACCCCACUCAACAUGCCUAUAGUAUCUGCAUAUGAGUUAAAGCCCACAGUAAAACGCCGCAGGUUUCUCCCGUUCGUUAAGGAUUCGAGUUACGUGAUUGUCCCCAGGGAUCUAGGAACACUGGGAAGAAUAUCGACGAACGAAGAGAAAGUGUACAGCAACUCAAACCAUUGGGAUAUCUGCAAAUGUUCAGUCGACAGUGACCUGUACAAAGAGUGUCUCCAUCUUCUGAAAAGGGUCAAAGAAAAGGCUCAGAGGAAGAGCCACUGGCGCAGUAAACCUGCGAGACGAGAUGGAAUCCCUCGCCUGCCAUGUUUCUCGCUUGGAGACCGCCAGGCAAAUAAGCGGUUCACGGGACGAGAGAAUAUCAUAGACAAAAUUGACGCUGCCCUUCUUCCCCAACGUCACACAACUUCAGCCGAAUCGAAUCAACUCCGCUCAUUUGCCAUUUGCGGCUUUGGCGGUAUAGGAAAGACGGAAAUAGCUGUGGAAUACGCAUAUUCCCGGGCUAAUAGGUUCGACGCUGUGUUUUGGCUCAGAGCGGAUGAAGCUACUAUUCUCACGUCUGACUUCGCCCGUGUCUCUCGGCAAUUGGGACUGGUAGAUGGCGAACAAGACCUUGUUGCGUGCGAAGAGGCUGUCCUAAAAUGGCUCGCUCCUCCCUCGAAGAUGUCAGGAGAAUCCGUUGGUCUAGCCAACUGGCUUAUCAUCUUCGACAACGCGGAUGACUUGAAGGUCCUUGAGAAGUAUCAGCUCAGACUCAGAGGCGGCUCAGUUCUAAUCACCAGCCGAGACCCCGACGCGAAGUAUUUUUUUGACACAGAGAUUGAGGCUGGUAUCAACUUGAGGCCGCUUGCCGAAAAGGAAACAAAAGAUUUGCUCCGGAAACUCACACACGUGAGGUCAACCCCAUCAUCAUCUGAGAAGGAAAAGGAGUCCGAAGCUCUGUCUGACCUAUCGCGCAAACUGGCUGGGCUCCCCCUCUUAAUUAUCCAGGUAUCAGCGAGAUUUCGAAACAAGAGACUGCAGUCAUAUAUCCGCGGACUUGCGACCAUCUGGGCGCUGCACGAACUUCCCACGCGUUCUAAAUCUCUUUUACAAGUCAUAGCUAUGCUGGACCCGGAUGGCAUUCCUGAAGACAUUCUUGUAGAUGAGAAGAAGGUCGUCAAGCUCGAUGGCUAUCCGACUUCUAACGGGGACUACUGGGACGCAAGAGCCCAUCUAUUUUCCUCUUCGCUAAUCAGCCACAACAACGAGAAGCGCAGCCUUACCCUGCACCGUUCGAUCCAGGAGACAACAUUGCGCACCAUGGAUCACCAAACGCUGAUUAAAGCGUUCGAAGCUGCUAGCAGGCUCGUUCAUGACAAAUGGCAAUUCCAGUCCAUAAGAGAACAUCACUCUGUUGCAAGGCACAAGGAGUGUGGGCCUCUGUACGACAGUGUUCUUCGCCUCAAGAACACGACGCAAGAUCCCACUCGUUUCACCCCAGAUGUUUAUGUCACAAGGCUGAUUGGUGAUGCAGGCUGGUACUUGUUUGAGCGUGGCAUGCUCGAGGAGGCCAAAGAUUUUUGCGAAUGCGCCCUGAAGAUUGCACAGCAACUGGGAGGUAAUCUUGGAGGUCCAACAGAUGAGCUCCUCCGCCAGGGCCACAUGUUCCUGGGAAUUAUCUUGACAGAAACCAACGAGCAUGAAACCAGUAUGCAGCACAAGCAGAAAUGGCUCAACAUGGUGAAGGCCACGGGGAGAGACACUGGGGACCUUGUCUAUGAACUGGGCUACGCGUAUAAUGAGAUUGGUGUUGCUUAUGGGAACAACGGCGAUCUGGAAGAAGCGGCAGAUGCUUUUCGGAAAUCGAUGAAGACCUUCAAGGAUCUCGAGGAUUUCGAAGAUAGCAUGCUAGGAUGGCCACAACCCAACCUCGGCUUCAUAUACUGGCUGCAGGGCCAUUAUGACAAAGCUGAAAGGGAGUUGCAAGCUAUCCUCCGUAUCCACGAGUCAAAAUACGGUCCGGAAGACAAGAAUUCAUUCAAGACUGGCAAGAUUCUGUACGCACUUGGCAACGUGCUAUGGUCUCAGCGCCGCUUUUGGGACAGCUACAUCUUCCACAACCAAUGCUUAACACAAUAUCAGGAAGUUCUGGGUUCCGGUCAUCACAGAGUGGGCGAUACGUAUCAUCGGCUGGCCGGUGCUUGCAUGCAGCAAGGUCGCCAUAUGGAAGCCGAAGAUUAUCUGGACAAAGCAUUGAAGAUCUUCGAAUCCCGCACGUAUCUGGAAAACGAGCGGCCUAGGACAACUUUCAAGAAGGGCCAAUUGUUCAAGAAAAUGGGCAGAAAAGGGGAGGCCGACGGCCUAUUCAAGCAAGCAUACGAGCUGAGGAAUAAAGUGCUCAAGAGGCAAGGCAAGCGGGAAGAUUCUCGGCCAAUGGAUGAACUGAAGGAAGAGGACUAUGAUUCCCUAGUUUCUUACUGGUCUCGCUAG